GCCUGUCACAAGCAGAAUAAGGGUGGAUAAAGCAGGAAUUCUGCGGACAGUGAUGGACACAGUGUACGGAAUGAGCCCUGCAGCCCUCAGCACCAGCACCCUGCUGCUCACAGUAUACACUAUUCUAUCAAAGGUACACUCUGACCGGAAUGUUUACCCAUCUUCUGGCGUCCUAUUUGUUCAUGUUCUGGAGAGAGAAUACUAUAAAGGGGAAUUUCCUCCUUAUCCAAAGCCAGGUGAAAUAAGUAAUGAUCCUAUAACAUUUAAUACAAAUUUAAUGGGUUACCCCGACAGACCAGGAUGGCUACGUUACAUUCAGCGGACUCCAUUCAGUGAUGGUGUACUGUAUGGGUCACCAACUUAUGAAAGCGUGGGGAAGCCAACUAUUAUUGAGAUCACUGCUUACAACAGACGCACUUUUGAGACCGCAAGACAUAAUUUAGUCAUCAAUAUUAUGUCAGCAGAAGAUUUCCCACUACCGUACCAAGCAGAAUUCUUCAUUAAAAAUAUGAAUGUUGAGGAAAUGUUGGCUAGUGAAAUUCUAGGAGAUUUUCUUGGAGCAGUGAAAAACAUCUGGCAACCAGAGCGUCUAAAUGCUAUUAAUAUUACUUCAGCACUGGAUCGUGGGGGAAGAGUUCCACUUCCAAUCAACGACAUGAAAGAAGGGGUAUAUGUUAUGGUAGGUGCAGAUGUCCCUUUCUCUUCAUGUUUAAGGGAGGUUGAAAACCCACAAAAUCAGCUUAGAUGCAGUCAAGAGAUGGAACCCGCAAUAAGCUGUGAUAAGAAAUUUCGAGCUCAGUUUCAGAUAGAUUGGUGCAAGAUUUCAUUGGUUGAUAAAACAAAGCAAGUUUCAGUUGCUCAUGAAGUUGUGAGAGGAGAAGGGAUACUACCAGACUUUGGAGAGUACAGGCCGCCAUCGAAUACACUGAAAAGCAGAGAUUAUUAUGUGGACUUUCUGAUAACGCUGGCAGUGCCAUCAGCAGUAGCUGUGGUGCUCUUCGCUAUACUGGGCUACAUCAUGUGCUGUCGAAGAGAAGGAAUGGAAAAGCGAAACAUGCAAACACCAGACAUUCAGCUUGUGCACCACAGUGCUAUCCAGAAAUCUACUAAGGAGCUGCGAGACAUGUCCAAGAACAGAGAAAUAGCGUGGCCUCUCUCAACUCUCCCCGUGUUCCACCCAGUUACUGGGGAAAUGGUGCCGCCGCUGCAUACGGACAACUUUGACAGCACCAAUAUGCCGCUUAUGCAAACCCAGCAGAAUUUGUCACAUCAAACACAAAUACCACAGCAACAGAAUGCAGGUAAAUGGUAUCCCUGAAGAAAGGAAACUGACAGAAGAAAUUAAUUUAUAACCAUCACAAAAUUGGACUAAAACAUAUUUUUUUGUAUUCCUGGAGUUCCGCAGCAGUCGCACAGCAGUGUAUUUUUGCAUGAUACAUAAUGUUUCAAUAACAGAAAGUAAUGACAUUUUCAUUUAAUGUCAAACUCUUCUAAUGUGUACUUUAAUAUUUUUUAUGAACUUGAAUGAUUUUGGUUUUUAUUUUUAUAAUUCUUACUGAAAGAAAAAACUAUGCAGCGACAGUGCUGAGCAGAUGUGCUACAGAAAACAAUAAUUGUACUAACUCGAGGAACCAAGAAGAUUAUUGUGAUUUGUCAAAAUGAUAAUGUACCCAAACUAUUCUAUAUGAAGGCUCUGUACCCAAUAAUACUAUACAACACAAAAACAGUAAGUACAGUUUCCUCCUGUGCAUAAGUAACUGGGUUUGUUAUUUCUUUUGCAUUUAAAUCAAUAAAAUAAUUUCCCACUUCA